AUACAUUCACCUGAAGUACUUCUCUUCAUCUAAUGUUGUCGUGCUCUUGCCUGCCUGUAGAGGCCGCAAUCGCCUGGACUCUCGUUGGAUCGACGCGUAUGUUCACGAAGAAGAGAAAUAAACAUCCUGUCCGAGUGCGACGAGAACAGCGCCAAAGAUUCAGAAGACGCUGGUCAUGACCAGCAGACAGUUUGCUCAGGAUCACGUCAGUAAAUCUUAACAGUUGCUGUUCUUACUUCAUCCGUCAUGAAUCCAAACUUCUUUGGUCGACCACAAACUGCCUUUCAGGCAACGAACAACACUAAUCAGCCUGGAAACCCAUUUCAGUCCUUUGCCCAGCAGAAUGCAGCACAGGGUGUUGGCUUUGGACAACCCUCUGCCUUUAGUCAACCAGCUUUUGGCCAGUCAGCACAACAGUCUUCUGUCUUCGGCCAAACGCCUACUUUUGGCCAGGGCGGUGGGUUAUCUCAAGGAUUGGGGCAGCCGUCAUCGUUCUCCUUUUUGGGAACAACCCCAGCCUUUGGUCAGCCAACUUUGGGUCAAGGCACACUUGGAUUUGGACAGCCACCACCACCUUCAUAUUCUCAAGCUACAGGACAGAUUCAGAUGUCUACUUUUGAUCAGAGCUCAGCUUUCGGUCAGCCUUCUGCAUUUGGUCUUUCCUCCAACGUCUCCCAAUCAUCAACCAGCUUCAGCAGCACUGUUACCAACCAGCACAGUUUCGGUCAGCUUUCUGCCCUUUCUGGAACCACCGCAGCAUCCAGCUCCUCAAUAGGGGGUAGGACUGAUAAUCCCCCUGGUGGGAACCAGUUUACUUUCAAGCCACCCAAUGAAGCUGUUUUCAAACCCAUUUUCAGCGUCAGCCCAGAACCUCCCAGCUCAAAUCUGUCUUCAGCCUCUGAAACUAUUGGAUCAUCCAAGGCCAUAACUAGUACUAUGGGCACUUCCUCUGGUGGUUCGUUGUUCUCAUGCGUAAAGCCAAGCGCUCUGGGCUUCAGUUUCUCUCAGCCAGCAGCAGCUCCUUCUGUCUCACUCUCUAAUGCUAAUUUUUCACAAAAGGAGACUCUUGGUGGUGGCAGCAGCAUUCAGUUCACCUUCUCCCAACCUGCCAACCCUUCCAGCAGCAGUACACCUGCUUCACAGCCCACGACUCCCUCCACCUUCAGCUUCACAGCACAGACCCUUCAGCCUCAAUCAGAUACCAAAGUACCUGCGUUUGGUGGUACUGGAAUUGGAUCCUUUGCAUUUGGGGUCCCAAAAACUGAAGCCCCACAAAGAACGGAAGAUAGAGCAGAUGAUGGGCAGAGCAGUGGAGGAGAAACAGCUUUUGUGAGUUACGGCAUAAAACGUAAAGAGGAGCCAGUAGAUCCAAAUGCAGCUAAAAGUGAUAGUAGCGAGACUGGAGCAGACGGCCCAAGACAACCCGCUAAACGCCCAUUGCUGAAAGCCCGUGGCCCAGCUGGAGGGCUUUUUCGCAGUGCAAUGUCUGACCUACUGAAAUCCAAAGUCAGCCCAGUCAAGAGAGAAAAUCUUCCUUCAGAAAGACCAGAUCCACCUGGUCCAGCCAGUGAUCUGGCCAUUACACCUCUGAGAUCUCAGGCUCCAACAGUUUUGAAAAAAGCAGAGGAAGUUUCGCUCAAACCUGAACCACAGGCACAUACUUCAGGUAGACGUGCUGCUCGAAAGGAGAGCACAGACAGUUUGGCUGGCCUCUCUCCUGCUGAUGCCACUGUUAUACAGUGCAAAGGCAUCCCACCCAAGCUCAACAGAAAGGACAUCAUCACACAGCAUUUUGAGCACUUUGGGAAAGUGCUUAAAGUGUAUUGCAGGCCUCAGAAGAAUCUGGCCAUAGUGCAUUUCCAAGAUCAUGCAUCUGCAGCCAAAGCCAAAAAGAAAGGAAAGCUGUUCCAGAGGAAUGAAAUUCAAAUAUUUUGGCAAAGAAAGAAACAAAGUCCAGGCGAAAAAGCUGCUAGACCUUCAGAGGUCAAAGAUGUGACAGAGGACUUGGAGUCUGGGGCUGAUUUGUUGCAGUCCUCCCCUAGUCGUAUGCCUCUUCCCAGAGCAGUGCCCAUCAGCACCACUAGCUCUAUUAUUAAAGGCUCUCCGAUCAAAAAGUCAUCUGUUGCUAAAACACUUCAGUUUGAUAUUGAGACACCACAGUCAGUCUCAGAGGAGCAGAGUGUAGAACGGCCUGUUAAUAACCUGCCCUCAGUACUGCAGCCUCUCGUCGGUCAGGUGGCUGAAACAGCAGAGGAAAGAUACCGCCUCCUAGAGCAGAGAGAUAAGAUUUUACGGCAAGCUCGACCCAAAAGAACAGACCUGGAUAUGUCUAAAGUGUUUGUGGGAACAUGCCCUGAUAUGUGCCCAGAGAAAGAACGGUAUAUGAGAGAAACCCGCAACCAGCUGAGCAUCUUUGAGGUUAUUCCAGAAACAGAGAAGGUGGAUCAUUUUGCCGCCAUCAAAGAAUAUAGCAGGUCUUCGGCCGAUCAGGAAGAACCUCUCCCUCAUGAGCUUAGACCACUUCCUGUCCUAAGCAUGACUAUGGACUACUUGGUGACUCAGAUUAUGGACCACGGGGAGGGCAAUUACCGUGAUUGGUAUGACUUUGUCUGGAACAGAACCAGAGGCAUUCGGAAGGACAUUACCCAGCAGCAUCUAUGUGAUCCAGUAACAGUAUCGCUCAUUGAGAAAUGUACCCGUUUCCACAUUCACUGCGCUCAUCACCUCUGCCAGGAACCCAUGAUGUCUUUUGAUGCUAAAAUCAACAAUGAGAAUAUGACAAAAUGCCUGCAGAGUCUGAAGGAGAUGUAUCAAGACUUAGCCACCAAGGAGGUGUACUGCCCCAAUGAGGCAGAGUUCCGCCAAUACAAUGUGUUGCUCAAGCUCAAUGAUGGAGAUAUUCUUCGUGAGGUGCAGCAGUUUCGUAAAGUGGUACGGGAGUCUCCAGAGGUGGAUUUUGCUGUGCAGGCCUUUGCAGCACUCAACAGCAAUAACUUUGUCCGGUUCUUUAAACUUGUGAGUGCAGCUUCCUAUUUGAGCAGCUGCAUACUUCACAGAUACUUCAAUCAGGUGAGAAGUAAGGCACUGAAAAUCCUCAAUGUGGCCUUCACUGUUGGGUCCCAGAGAUCCACCAUUUUCCCAGUUGAGGACUUUGUCAGAAUGCUUAUGUUCCGCAAUGCCACAGAAGCCGCAGACUUUAUUCAACAGUAUGGCCUUAAUAUCAAUGAUGGCAUGGUAGAACUUAGUCGGACAGCAUAUCAGGAGCCUGAUUUCUCAUUGCCGCAGAGCAAGUCUGUGGCUAUUGAGAGGAAGAGAACUGUUCUGAUUGGAGAGGUGGUGAACGGUGGACCGCUGCCCAACCCGCCCCAGCACAGUCCCGUUUGCAGCUUUGACUCCAACAACAAGUACACUGGAGACGGUCUCUCUUCAGAGGCUCCACCAGCUGCCCUGAAAGCUCAUCCACAGAGGCAGGAGUUGAAGUCUGUGGUGGAGCCUGACUCCAGGCCUCAGGUGAAAACAAGGCUUCUGGCUGAACCACGGCUGUUCAUGGACUUCCCUGGCAUGACAGAGCCUGUAAAAUCUGAUGAUGCAGAGGAAACCGGAGAGAAGUCCCAAACAGCAGAACCUUCUCUGCCUGUUGUGACACCACUAGUUUACCAACCAAUAUUAGCCCCACAGCCAGUCCGACCUCCGUCUCCUCCACCCAAACCAAAACCAGCCUACACAGAUCAAGAUAUCAUGUCAGAAGUGGAUGCGGUGCUUAAUGAGGUAGUGGAGGCCGAGGUCUCUGAUGUAACACGUGCAGCUGCUGAAUAUGUGUCCGUAGCCCUCAGUGCAAGUGACAGUGAGCUGGAAACGGUUGUGAGUGAAGUCUUACAGCAGCUGCUGAGGGAACUGUCCACAUCAGAAAUCAGAGCUGAGAAGGAGAGAAUUGCAGAAGAGAAACGCAAGAAGGAAGAAGCCAGGCAGAAGGAAGCCUUUCUUGAGCAGUUCAGUGGUGAGCUGUGUGCUAAGAUCAGUGAUGAGGUGCUAAGAGAGAGCAUUAGAGCGACUGCUGAGGCUGAGAUAAGGCUUGCUUUAGAUGAGAAAGCAGCUUGUAUUGCUCGCUGCUCUGCGGAGGAAUGCGAAAGCAUAGUAGAGGAGACCAUGGCUGAGGAAGUGGCCGCGAUGGCACAAGAGAUCCUGGACUAUGAGUUGAGGCGCAUACACAAGUUCAUCAAGAGGUGGCGUGACGUGGUAGCCGUGCGUCGUCAGCUAAAGAGACAGAUGCGUGGUUUCCCUGCAGCCCCUGGCUGUGUAGAUCCACAAUUCAAACUGAAAGCCCUUGUCCCCAGUGCUCCUUCCAGCCCCUGUCUGGACCUCCUGGCUGAGGGAAUGGUCAACCUGGGCAACUCUGGGAAUAUGGCAUUUUCCUGCACAAGAUUGCUGAAAAUGAGACAAGAAGCAGUUCAUCAAAUGAAAGUAUCCUACUACUACAAUCUCUUAUUGAGUGAGCAUGUAUGGAUGCCUCUUGACCUCCCCACACUUGUGGCAGAAAGCAUCCCUAAUGCACCUGACAGAAUCUUCUGGAAAGCCACACUUCUGUUGCCAAAUGGCUGCGAUAGUGACAUAAGCUUUGCCAGCAGGAUUCUGACAGACUGGCUUGAGGUUAAAUUGGGUGGAGGAAAUCAAUCCGAAGAGAGUGAGAAAGAACCACAAGGGCAACUGAAAACGUUGUGCAUCAGUCACAGCCUGACAAAUAUUAAGGGACAGACUCAUGAAGUUCACAUUUCUAUAAAGGCAUGUCACGGCCCCCUGAGUGCGGAUGACCAGUGCUUGCUGGAGGAACAGAAGGAUCUCCAUGGUACCAACGCACUGCUGAUGCUGCUUCCCCCUCUUAACAUUUCUGGACAGGGCGAAGAGGAUGAGGAUGUGACCCUGCUCUCUGCCCUUCUCCAGCUGAGGCAGGUGCAGCAGGCUAGCUGCUGGCACGCUCCUCUACCACUGGUUGUGGUGGUUACUGGCAACCAAGACAGUGGUACCAGUGAUCAGGGUUUGGAAGAAGCACUUAUGUUGAAUAUGUUAGUGAAAGAUGGUCUCAUCUCUGAAUACAUCUUCGUCCAUAUCCCAGCAACUCUCACUGACCUGCAAGGCUCAGAGCAGAUGAGUCUCGUUGUGAGGUGGCUUGCCGCCCGCUCUCCCACUGGCCCAGCCCUCUGCUCUCAGACCCUGCUGCAGGUUGUUGAGUUAGGCCUGUGCCGUGAGUUCCACUCCAGACUACAACGAGACAAGCAGGACAGGAAGCAUGCAGGUCUUCCGUCUCAGCAUCCGGAGCCUAUUGUGGAACUCUGUAACAGUGUGCUGAGUUUUCUGGCUGGUGUGGUUUCGUCAGAGCACCUGUCCAGUCUCUGCUGGCCACCUCCUGAAUUCUCUCUCCCUGAGAACAGCGAGCUGAUUCCUCAUCAGGCCUGGAACUCUCCAGAACACCUGGACUGGCUGAAGAGAACCAUCCUCAGUCGGCAACUUCCUGAAUGGGAUCUGCCUCCUGUUAAUGCUUCCUGGCCACAUUUGUGUGCCUCUAUAAUCCAGUACGUAUCCCAGAUCCCCACCUCGCCCUUAAGCCAACCCAUUCUAAUGUCCCGCCUGGAGAACCUGCUUAGAAGAGUGAACUACCAAUAUUUUCAUGUGAGCGGUACAGAUAUGGAUGACUACGAGAAGACUGGACCAUCCUUUCACGAAAUUCCCUGGGACGAUAUCAUAUGCCUGUGUGUUGAGCAUCGUAUGAAGGACUGGAGUUUAGAGCCUCUUGUGGCAAAAGAUGCACUCACAGAUGAUGGCGAGAUUUUUGUAUAUUUUAAUAAAGACAGCCUGAAGAGUUUCCGGCCCCCUGACAGUUGGAUAGAGGCUGUGAAACAGACUUACCAGGAUAAACAGCAGGCCUCAGAAGUGUCUAAAAUCAGGCCCACCACUGCAGCCAGACAUUUCCCCAAGCAGAAGCUGUUUCAGAGUCACAUAGACGAAUGGCCUUCUGUUCAUGAUACUGCACAGAUUCCCAUAGCGCAACGCUUUGAACAGAUUCUCUCUUCCAUACGCAAUAUGAAUGCUGAGGGCCAGAGAAUUGGAGAGCAGAUACAGCGUCGAACUGAAGCGGAUCCUUUGCGCCCUGCGUCUUUUCCUCUUUCCCUGACCUCCGCCGACCUUUCAAUGCCUCUGUUCAUGACCCCCUCCCGAAAGUGUUCUGCUGCUGGCGCUGUCCAUAUACAGGAAAAGAAAACCGUUGACCUGGUUGAGAAAAUAAAAUCUCCUAGCAGAAUGAACAGACUUUGCUUUGCACCAGACAGCACACAGACUCCCAUAAUGGAGCGACUUCAACACACUCUCUCAAUCGUUCAAGAGAUGAAUGCUGAGGGCCAGAGAAUUGGAGAGCAGAUUCAGCGUCGGAUUGAGGCGGAUCCUUUGUCCUCUGCCUCUUUUCCUCUCUUCCUCCCCUCCACCCUUCUCUCUUCACCUCCUCUAGUCAUGCACUCCUCUUGUAAGCACCCUGCUGCUACCAUCCACAUGCAGGAAGUGGAUAUGGUUGAUUCUGUUGAGAAGACUGGAUCUCCUAGUGGAAAAAGCAGACCUGUAUCUUUAUUCCAGCGCUUGCAGGACUUGAAAAGAGAGUUGUCAAGUCAGCAAGAGGAGGAACGUGUGUGUGGCCUCAAGCUGAAGUGUCUUUUAGACAUUGUAGAGAACUGAUGUUUCAAUAUAACAGCAACUGCUCAAUGCCACUUCCAGUCGUGCGAUUUGAAUGAAAAUGUAUUUUGUUUGGUUAUUAGUUUUAGCAGUUUUAUUGUUGCUGUUUUUAUUUUAUAUCUUUGAUUAAAUGCAUUUGCUUAAACCAUUUAA